UGUAGUAUAAGAUAUUUAUUAGUAUAAGAUACUUCCGUUUGUCUAAAUCCUGACAAAGUGAUUUAUGUUUUCAGUUAUUACUUUAAAACAACAAUCUUUAAAAAAAUAUUUGUUAAUGAUAAUAGUGGUUAUAGAUGUCGAAUGUGAUUAAAAAAUAUUUUAAAAAUGUGGUAAAAUAGUUGGUAAUAAAAAACUCGAUAGAAUCGUUUAACUGUCUCUUUGUCUACCUCUAGCGGUGACAUUAGGUAACAGCGACCUCUGAAAACAAUGGUUUACCGUAAGAACUGGAAUAGGAUACAGCGGGGAAAUUGUAAAGCUUUGUCAGACAAAAGGCACUGAAUCUGUGCGCGUUGGUAAAAGAAUGAGAAAACAGGAGAAGGAAAUAAUUUCACCAACAUCUCCUUCACUUCCACCUCCCCCCUACUUAAGGACGCGAACCCUCCCACUAGUUUCCUCACUUUCCUUGAAGGAGAGAAAGAGAGAGAGAGUACGCGCGAGAGAGCGCGCGGUAAAGAGAGAGAGAGAGAGACAGGUAUUUAGAGGAAGGUAUGGCUGGAAAGGCUGCAGUCGUUGCCGGAGGAUGGCACAACAACAGAAAGACAGAAGGUGGAGACGCGCACUGCUGCUCCGUCUCUGUCCUCUCCUCCCUGUAGGAAGUCCGCUUCUGCUCCACGCAUAGUCGCAGGUGUAACCUCUUCUUCAUCUUCAUCACUGCACCUUCCUCACAGCGCCUAUCCCAGGUCUCCACACGCCGCGCCCCGGCUCUCCCCAGUCAGGCACGGGGUGGAUUUUUACGCACGGGAGUCACAGGGAGACCUCAACGCAAACACUACGGUACAUGAAAUGUAGUGCGCCUCUAUUGUCCUGUGUAACUGAUGAUGAUGAUGGUGAUGAUGAAGCCGGGUCUGCUGCCUGCACCGCUGACCUGAAGGAGGAAGAGAAACUACAGCACUUUGUUCCAUAAAGAAGAAGAUUUAUUGAUAACCAUGGCUGACCAGUACAGUAUGUUUCUCACCACUGCGCCUCCUCUACGACGAGGGAGCACGCCACUGCCUGUCAAACACCAGCUCCGGCGGGAAGAGGCCGUAUCAGAGGACUGCGAUUGGAUCCCGGGCUUGGAUGAACCGGCCACGCUGCCCAUCAGUGACACAGGAGUGUCUCGGGACGAUUCCUUCAGCCAGUCGGCCGCCAACCAGUCGGCGUACCAGAGCCGUGGCGGCGCAUUGAGGAUAGUACUUUUGGGGCAGAACGGCGUUGGCAAGUCGUCGCUGGCCUUGGCUCUGGCCGGGCAGUCGGACAGAUCCCUCUCUGUAGACUCAGAGACACAAGCAUGUGGUGAGGGCUACGAGUGCUCGGUGACCGUGGACGACGAGGACAGCAAAGUCAUCAUUUUCGACAACUGGAAGCAGGACCUGUCCACUCUGCAGUGUGAUGUGUGUAUCCUGGUCUUCUCCGUGACUGACAGGCGAAGUUUCCAUCGCACCGCUCAGCUCCGCCUCCUCCUCAGGGAGUCGCAGCCACACACACCAAUCAUCCUGGUGGGCAACAAGAGCGACCUGGUUCGCUCCCGUGAAAUCAGCUCAGAGGGAACCCGUUUGACUGCAGUAGACGUGGUGUUCAGGAGUCACACAUUGGUAUUCAACACCCAAACUAAACUUCUGCCAAACAACUUAACAGAAGUUGAUGCUGACACACACUUAGAGGCACACGCACACACACACGGGAGACCAUGCUAAACUGAAUCUAUUUAGCGAGGCGUUAAAAUCUGUAGAUCAAGGAUCAGACUUCAGGCAGUUUCACUGCAUGUUUUUUAGUGAAAUGUAACAGAAACAUCCACAGACUGUUAACCUGCAGCCCAGUCCCAGAGUCGUUAAAUACCAUAAAUCACAACUUUUCAAUGAAAGGUACUCAACCUCCGGGUGUCAGGCCAACGCCGGGCCAUUUGUCAUUUCAUAAAGGGCCAAAUUGAUCUAAUUGGCAUUUGUUUUUUUGUUUGAGUGUGGAAAAAUGUUAAUUCAAAACUCAUUACUGUCAAACCCUCUCUUAUUAAUGUGUGGCUGAAAGUCUUGACUCGGUGAGAUCAAUCUGAACCUGAACUAAAACGACCUGGAAAUACAGUUUGUUUAGUUUCCACUGGCCCCAAAUGAUGUAACCGUACUGCAUCACUGUCUCGUUGUCCGCUACACAUCCAUACAGUUCAAGCGAGGCUAAUUUGUGCUAGUGCACAGUGUACAUGAUUGGACAUCAUUUCAAUAUUAGAAGCGAAUUAAAAAGGACGUCUGUUUGCGUAAAGUCGUUUCACUUUUAAUAUCUCAUUACCUUAGGCACCAAACUAGGAGCUUAAUCGUGCGAAGGAAUGGCAACAUCCAUUUAAAAUAUACAGUCUAUGAUCAAAUUAAAUCAAUUUUUCCUUUUACUUUUCCUGGGGUUUAUAACGACAUUGAAGAGCAACAUAUUCAUUCUGGGGUUUUAUAAACUUUUAUUCAAAUGACAGUGUUCUGCCAUGGCGGAGUUUCUGUUUACUUUGCGGUUGUCACACAUCAUUAGCGUUGGUCCGACACAGGGACGCGCGGCUCGACGUUAUCUUGUCCUGUCUUAUCUUAUCCUCCGGAGGUUUUCCCUCCAUCACUCUGAUGUCCCCCAGCUGCUGCUCUCCUCUCAGUUAUCUCCCUCUCACAGCAUUUUGCUCUUAGUAUAAUCACGUACGUUUGUACUCCUGCGUGCACACGUACGUGCGCGUAGAUCGACGCCGUAAAAGGACUGUGCAUGUGAUCGGACGGGGGCAAGGGCAAAUGUUGGAGGGCGGUGUGUUUUUUGACUGGUGGCUUCAGUUUGGAGGCGUGUGAGUUUCUUUAAAGUUGUCAUCAAGGUGUCGCUAACAUCAGUUCAAAGAAACCAGUGCCAUACUUUUUUAUUUCAUAUAAAAUAAUUGUUAAAACCAGAGGCGAUUGUCAAACUUUGCCUUUUCAUAAAAUGUGAAUUGACUGCAGGUUCAUGUGACCUGGAUGGAUGGAUGGAUGGAUGGAUUGAUUGAUGGAUUUUAUGUGUUGUAGUGACUUUAACUCUCUCUACAACACUCGUCAUCGUCCACUGUGUAUAAAGUCACCGCGUUUAAAAAUAACAGCUUCGUGCAGGGAAUUCAUGCAGGGAAAGGAGAGAUGAAAAAGUCCAAAUGUGACCUCAUUUUUUUUCCAUCUGUCCAUUCAUCCAUCUCUACAAACGUCCACGCAGUUAUCCAUCAUCUGCACCACUUAACCUUUGAAGGUUACUGGGUUGCAGCAGCCAAUCCCAGCUGACAUUGAGUGAGAUGCUGAGUUCAUCCAGACUAGGUCACAGGGCAAACAUCAGGAGACGCGAUACAACAACCAAUCAGCUCCAGCCCACAGUGACGAAAUCAGUCAAUCAGUCAGUCACUGUUAGGGGAACAUUUAUUUGUGUUUUUACCCCGGGAGGUUUUGAUGCUGACAUUAUAUAUUUAGAUUGUAUUUGAUAAACCUGAGUGAUUAUUGUACUGCGAUGACAUUU